AUGAAAAGUCUCACAUCCAAAGAUUAUAUAACAAAGUACACUCAAAUUUUCUAAGAAUCGUUGCCACUUUGUUUACAAUAUAGAAAAGAUAAAGAAUGGCAAUCUAUUAUAGACUUAAUAUAGGAUCAAAUACAAUAAUUUGAAAAGUUGCCUAAUAUUAUAAAAUAGAAGAUUGACUAAUUUACAAGAAGCUCAUUGUUUUUUUUUUUGGCAGAAGCUUAAUAUCAUUUGAAAUAAUCUCUUAAUGCAGAAGAUUUAUUAUUAAUAGACUCGAAAGAUCAAAAAAUUAAUCAAAUAAAAGCUAAAACCUAUUAUAUGCUUUAUAAAUAAUCAAACAAGAUUGAACAUAUUGAAUAGGCAUUCAAUUUAGCAAAUGAAUAUUUUGGACCUGAUCACAAAAUUACUUAAUUUUAUCAAUCAGAACAUAAUGAAAGAUAAAGAAAAAUUAAAUUCUAACAGUUAUAAUCUAUUCCGAAUUUUGAUAUUUUUAAAUAAGGUCUGGAAUUUCAAUAUUACAAUCAUAAAAAUAAAAAAGUAACUAAUAAAACAAAAGGAAAAACAAUUCAUUUAAGUGAAAUAGAAAAAUUAACAACAUAGGAAUCAACUUUUGAACCUUCUAAAAAAGUUAUACAAAAAUUCAAUGAAUCUUCAUUCAGAAUUUCAGACAAAAAAAUCAAUUUAUUUGUUCCAUUAUAAAAUUCUAAUUUCAAUACUAAAUCAAAUAUUUAAUUUCGUUUAAAUACAAAUAAUAGUGAAUUAAAAGGAUCUUUAAAAGUUGAUUCAUUAAUUGACAAUUAGAUUUCAGGUACUAUGACAGAAUUAUUAUUACCACGACCAUUAACUGGUAGAUAGAAACAUUCUAAAAAAAUAAUAAAAACAUAGCCUACUCCAACUAAACAUCAUCAUCAAUAAUAAUCAAAUUCAUCUCAAUAACAAUUAAAUAGAGGUAAUAUUCUUAAAAAAAGUUAAGUAAAAAUGCAUUAAGUCAAUUUAGUAAAAAGUAAUUCAAAAUAGAAAAUAGAAAUAAAAGAAUCUUUAAAUUUAAAAAUUUUUGAUUCAAAAUCUAUUUAAUGUGAAAUUAGUGAAGAUGAUUCAAUAUCUAUUUAUGAUUAAAAUAAAGGAUAAAAAGAAUUUGAAUUUAAUUUUUCACCUAGAGUAGGUCAAUCUUAUUAUAGUCUUAAUACAAGUAAUGAAAGAAGUAGACAUUAAAUUGAUUUUGAAUAUUUACGUAAUAGAAUUGAUUGUUUAUAUGAUAUUUAAUAAGAAGAAGCAUUAAGAAUGAUAAUAAAGAAUUUUAGAAAUUUUGUUUAAAAAUAAAAAGCUUAAAAAAAAGAAGAAUUAAUGAAAAAGAGUGUUGCUAAAUAAAAUUUUUCAAAUCUUAUAUUUGAAUUAGGAGCUACCAAAAAUAUUCAAAUUGAAGAAAAAAUAGCUAAAAUAAAAUCAAUACUUCAUAUAUGUUAAGUAAUUGAUUAAGGAUCACUUAAAACUUGGAUGAUAUUUUCACCAAUCAAAUAAAUUAAUGCAAUAAAUUGGAAGAUAAGAAAUAUUUCAUGGAUUGUAUUUAAAAGAUUGAAAGCAAAGAAAUCAUAAAUUCAUCCUGAUAUAAUUAAAUUAUUUAAAGAAUAUCCUAAAUAUCAUCAAAUUAUAGAAAUUUGGAGUAAUAGUAUAGAUGGAACUAAUGCUAUAUUUGUGUUAACUAUAUAAAUAGAAGUGUUUAAUAAAUUAUAUGAUAUUAGAUUACAUCUUAAAAAUAUUCAUAAUAUUGCUAAAGAUUUUGAGAAUAUAUUUUCAAGUAUUGAAAUGGUUUCAUAAUUAAUUCAUGUUUAUUUUUCAUCACAUGGAAUUCAUUAUAAUUAAUCAAUUAGACCAACUACAUAGUGUAUUUUAACAAAAUAAACUAUUUUAAGAUAAGAUAUGUUAAAAAAAGGAUGUCAAAGUAUUUCAAAUCAUAUCAAUUAAUUAUUUAUUAGUAAUUUUUUGAAUAUGAAAACAGAAAAUGGAUCCAAAUUUAGAAGAGUAACAUUAUCAGAAUAAAUAUUAGAAAAUUAGGUAGCUCUAUAUCAAUAAAUAGAAGAAAGAAGGAAAAUCAUAAAAAAAGCAUUUACACCAUUUUAAAUUGGAAAUGGAUAUAUAAGUCUUAAAAAUUCUAAAGUUAGAAAUUAAAAAUUAAUGAAAUCAUUAUCUAUAGCAAUUGAAUUACAUUCACCUGUUUUAAAAUUAAAAGGAGCUUCACCUAAAAAUUAUUGGGCUGAUCUAAGAUCUUAAUCAUUUAAAGUAGGAUUUUAAGAUAAAGUUAUUGAAGAGGAAGACUUAACCCCAAAAUCAGGUGAAUCAGUUAUAAUAUCUCCUAAAACUCCAAUUACACCACCAACUAGAAAAAAAAAUAAUGCAUUUUCUUCAACUAUGAGUUAUAAAGUACUUAAAAAUUCAAAAUCAAAGAAAAAACUUAUUGAUGACUAUUUCAAGAAUUAUCCAAAAUAGAGAGAUAUAAUAUAGAAAAAGGAUAUACCCAUGAAUCCUUAUCAAAGUUAGUAUGAUAAUUAUUUAUUACUAUUAGGUAAAAUUUAUUAAGUUAUUUAUUUAAAAAUGAAGAUGGAUGGACAAUCAAUAAUUUAACUUUUACAUUUAAUUUUGAAAACCCUUAACAAUUUGGUCAUUUUAUUAUUACAUCACAUAAGGUUGGUCAAUCUGAAAAUGUAUCAACUAUUUUAUCUCUUAUAUAAUUUUGCUAAUUAAUUAAUUUUAAUGAAAUAAUAAUAAAAAAUCAUCUAGGAUAUUUUAGAUCAUUACCUUAUAUAACAAAACUAACAUUUCUUUAAUAAUUGCAUCAUUAAGAAAUUUAGAAUAAGAAUAAUUCUAAAUAUUCUAAUAAUGAUUACAAUUUUCCAGAAUAUAGAAUCACAAAGAGAUUAUAAAGAAAAUCUUUAGUUACAGAUUCUAAUUAAAUUAAUAAAGAUCAUUUUUAUAUAUUUUUUUAUAAACCUCCAAAUUAAUUCAGAGUAUUAUUUAGAAUUAAAUAAUCAAUUUAUUAAAGAAAUGAUAUUUUUGAACUUUUUAUUUAUAAAAUUUCAUAACCUAGAUUUAUUAGAAUAUUAAAUUAAUCUAGUUUAACUAAAUUACAAGAUCUAUUUAGAAAAAUAAUCCAUUAAUAAAGUAGACCAACUAUUGGAAGUUUUCAAUAAAUAUAAAGAGUUUUAAAUUAUUAUCUUUUAAAAGAUUAUAAGGCAAAUGGUAGAUGUUGGUAAAUAGGGUUUUAGAAUUCUUAAUAAUAAAUAUUCAAUUAUGAAUUAAAAUCAUGUUUAAUUACAGAUGUUUAUAUUGUUUUACUAAAACAUCUUGUAGCAAAUGAAUAAAGUUAUAUAAAAAAUUUAUUAAGAACUUAUUGUAAAGUAACUAAAUUUUAGUUAGUAUCAAAAUUAGAUAAUUUUACAGGUAUUAAUCUAAUAUAUUUUACUGAAUAUGCAAUGGCUUAAAAUUUAAUCAUAUUGGAGAUAUAAAUAUAUCCUUUUGAAAAAAGACUAUCUUCAUAUAAAACAUAUCUUAAUCAUAAUGAUUUGAAGAACUUUGGUAUAUAAUAUCAAAAUUUGGAGGAAAAGGCAUUGUUAUUAAAGAAUAAAUUGAGUCUUUGUUAUAAUCGAAAUCAAUAACAAGUUCAUUUAUCAGUAAAUUCUGAAUUUAAUUAUGUUAGUUAAUUAAAUGAAAAUCUGAAAGCAGAUUAUACAGCUAAUCUAUUUAUUAAAUAGAAAUAAGUAAUUAAACUUAUAUUUUAAAAAGUUAAAAAGUUUAAUUCACACUUUCUAAUUUUCUCUUUAUUUUAUAAUACUUUUAAUAAUGAAAUUCUAAUAUAGAUUUAUAUUCCAAAAUUAUGUAAAUUAUUUAGAAGUGUUUUGUCGUAAUAUGAUUUCAAUAAUUUACAUUAAUCAAAAUUAGAAAAAAUAAUACCUGGUAAUAUAUUAGAUAAUUUUGAUUAAUGUUUUAAUUAAAUUCCAUAAAGAUACAAUUCAUUUGUUGCUUAUAUGAAAGAAAAAGAAUGCAUUAAUGUGGAUGAAUAAUUUUCAAUAAAAUCCAGAUUUAGUGAAAGAUCUGCUGUUUCUUCCAUCAGUUUAUAAAAGUAUAAAGAUUAAUAUGAAAAACUUUAAUAAAAUACAACUUAAUAAAAAUAAGAGUAGACUUCAUUAAAAUUAUAAACCAAAAAUUUAUUGCAAUCAGAAUGUAAAAAAAUUCCAUCAAAAUUGCAUUUUAGUAAAUAAAAGAAUCCUCAAAGAGUUUCACAUGAAAUUUAAUGUAAGACUAUUAUUAAUAUUAAUAAAUUAUUUAGACUUUAAAGAGAGAUUCAGCAUAAAGCCAUCUGUAACAAAAUUUGAUAAUCUAUAUGACAGUGGAAAAUUAUAGAAGAUUUUAGAAGAUGCAGUUAUAUCUACUAAUCUAAUUUAUAAAUAUAUUUUAUGUUAUGUAAUAAUAGUUUCAUAAUAUUAAUAUAGUUUUGGGAAUAAAUGAUUGAUGAUUGCAAUAUAAUCAUGACCAAUUAUAAUAAAUAUAUUUUGUAAAUGGAUUCUUAUAGAGGAAUAUUGAGACAAUUAGGGUUAGAUUUAUAAUUUUAUAAUGUAGAGUAACAAGAAGAGUUUUUAUUGAUGAUGAUUAUCAAGCUGAAAUAUUUUUUGAAUAAUAACAAGUAGAAUAUGGCUCAAUGUUUGAAAAGUAUAGUUCUGUAACAUUGAAAGAAUCACAAAGUACAAGUAUUUACUUUUCAUAUAAAUAAUUAAAUUCAUCUUCAACUAAAACAAUUAAUUUAAAAUGUUAAUUUCGUCAAUGUAUUUAUAAUUAUUCAAAGGUAAUAAAUUUUAAUAUAAUUAUCUAGUUUAAUCAAGUUUCUUAUAAUACUGCAUUAAAAAUACUGAAAUAAAGUAGUGAUUAUAUAACAAAUUAAAUAAAAUAAAAAAAGAAAUUGAUAGAAUUUUAAAAAUUAGAAUUGAAAAGUAUAACAGCUCUUAGAACAAAUAAAAAGAGUAUCAAUUUAGAAACAUAUAUAAAUAAGUAUAAUUUUAUAUUUAAUAUAGUCAUUCAAAAUAUAAAUUCAUAUAUUAAUGUAGAUUGAUGAUGAAUGUGAUAGUGACUAUUUUAUAUAAAAAUAACAGAUUUUAUUUUUAUUUGGAGGAUUGUAAGAAGUAAAUUGAUUUCUUAAUAAAAAUGUCUAUUAAAUCAGUAUAAGAGAAUAUUCCUCAUAUAUUUUAAUUGUUAAGAUGUUAAAAAGAAUUUACUAUAGGAUAAAGAUUAUUUUCAGCUUAUAAAAAUUACUUAAUUAUUAAGGCUUAUGAAAACUUAUUUAGAAUCAACAAUUGA